AGCACGCCAGUGGCCAUGGUGCUGCGACAGCCUCCGCCGCGCAUCGCCGUCGUCGCCGGGACAGCCGCGCCGUCGCGGGGCCGCCGCGGAUGACCGCCCCGACCCCGGCAACCUGUUGAUUCCAGCCGCCGCUCCGACGCCGAUCGACGACUGCUAGUCCCGCCUUCUCGGCUGCUCGCUUGCCCGCUGUUUGCUGCUGCUGCUGCUCCCGGACGACCCGUUCUGCCGCGCCGAGCGAGCCCCCCCCGCGUGUGGUGGCAGCCGCAGCGUGGCGGCGGGGGAGGAUGCUGACUCGCUGCAGCGCACGCUGGUGCGACGAGGCUGCCGGCGGCGCCCAUGACGGAGAGGCGCGUGUCGGUGCGCGAGCGCGCCCGCGAACUCGAAGCCCUCGCGGCGAGGGAGGCAUCGCCGCAGCUGGCGCACAGGGCGCGCCUGGCCCGCAGGCUCGGGCUGACGCGCGCCGACUCGGAGCCCGGUGCCGAGGGCGGCCGCGCGGGCCCGUGCCACUGCUGCUCGCAGCCGGCCGACGAAUGCCUGUGCAGCGGCGACGGCGGCGGCCGGCUGUUGUCCGUGCCGCACGUGCCGCGCAAGAAGGCGUCAGCGCCGGCCAUCACGCCGCUGCGGGGCGCCCCGGGCGGCGGUCUCGUGGCCGACGAGGGCUCGAGCUGCGCCGACAUCCGGAUGGCCUGGGAGGCCCUGUGCGCCGCAGCGGCGCAGGGGCCCGAGGCUAGCGGCGCUAUUUCGGAUGAGCCCCGCGACGAGAAUAGCGCGCCUAUCUUGGGCGCGGCGCAAGGUGACUCGGCGCGGGGCCCCCUGGACGCGAUCCUGCAGUCCCUGGAGGAGAUCUGCAGCCAGCUGGAGGAGGUGCCCGGCGGCCAUGCGGGAGCGCCCGUGAUGCUGCCGGACGCCGGCGAGGCGGCGUCCCGGCUCAACCCGCGCUGCGCCCGCUCGCAGCCCAGCUCGCCCCGCGUACGCGCCAAGCCUCAACUGCCGGCCUACCUGACGCUGGCCCGGCGUGCCCGCCAUGACGACGCGCUAGAGAUCGAGCAGAUCAAGACGAUACUGGCCUCUAUCGACUUCUCGCGCUACCGCAAGAAGCGCGGCACGCUGGUCGACGAGGGUCGCCAGCCCUCCGCCAUGUCCGAGCAGGCAGCCCUGCAGGGAUCCCGGCUGCGGGAGCUAACCGAGAAGCUCAAGAGCCCCGUCGGUGCACCCGGCAGGCCCUCGGAGUCGUGGAACCGAAGGCCCGCCCCGGUGUGCCGCAGCGCUUCCUUCUCGACGUCCGACCUGCCGUCAGUGCCCGCGAUCCCGCGCGAGUCGCUGACGCUGCCGCGCAAGGCCCCCGCUUCCAGGCCCCUGACUGGACGUGGUGGUGCCAGGGACGCCUCCAGGGUGGCCCUGGACGAUGUGGCCAUGUCCAGCCUGUCGCUGGACUCGGCCGUCGAGUCGAUCGUUGACGAGACCCCGUACCAGCGCGAGGCCUCUCCGCCCGCGGAUAAGCGGCGCGUGCAGCGCGGCUGUCGCUUCGCGCCUCUGGACGACGAUGGCAGCCGCGGGCCGCCGCAGCCCCCCGAGAAGCGGAAGCGGCGCAAGGGGCUGGCGCCCGUCGAGGGCCCCAAGAAGGAGACUGGCCGCUCGCUCACAUACCCGCCGCAGCGGAAGACGGCCGAGCAGGAGCUGGCCUUCGGCUCGGUCGACAGCAACGGCCUCAAGGCGCUUGGUGGAAGACCGGAGAAGCAGCCGAGCGACUUGUCGCUCGCCGACAGCCACUUCUGUCCCAGUGAAGCGCUGGGCGAAGAGACGUUCGGCGACGUGGUGCAGAGCCUGUCCUCGCGACCUGAGCAGCCUGAGCCGCGUCAGGAGAAGAGCCAGAAGAAAAAGCACCUCUCCGACCCGAGCGCCGACAACACGGGCGCCGCCACCGAGCUGUUGCUGGGCGCGUGCUGCCGCAGCGAGCCGCAGCUCUCCUGCCCCGGGGCUCUGCACAAGCGCCAGCAUUCGGGACCCGCCGCGCUGAGCCGCACCCCGGUGCCUGCGCCGCCUCCACCGCCGCCAUUGUCGGACUCGGAGCGUGCCACGUCGGACACCGAGCGCACCUGUAGCCCACAGCGGCGGUAUUCCAAGAAGCGGCUCCGCGGGCCCUACGGUGAGAUGCUCGAACAGGAGAUGCGCAAGACCGGCGAGAAGCAGAAGACCGCCUUCUGCGAGGAGCUCAGCUUUCUUCUGCCGGCCGAGAAGUCUCAGACGUCUCCCGCGGUGCCAGCGACGACCCCGGCGACGACGAUAUCGACGACAACAACGACGACGACGACUUGUGGUGAUGGUGCCAAGUUGAUCGCAACGAACGCACCGACGAUGGCGGCUCGGUCCAGGCCCGCCCACCUGUCCAACAGCCUCUCGCUGGACGACACCCAGCUCAAGAGUUCCUCGGCGUCUCUGGAGGCAGUGCCCGAGGCCUCCGCGCCCCGGCGAAAGAUCAGCGCCAAUUACCCGCUUACGGGUUCUGACACGGCUUCCUUGCUGGUGUGCAACAACGCGAACGAGACUGCCGCCGCGGCCAAGGCCCAACCCGUGUCGUGGUUGACGGCGGCCGCCGGCGGCGGCGGCGACUCCAGUGCUCGAUCGACGACGCCCGCGCCGUCACCCGUGCCGCCGUCCCCGCAGCUGAGCGGCGGCGGCGCGCCCGAAAGAGUGGCUGCUGCCCACCACGAACGCUCCCACAGCAGCCCCGCGACGACGUCAGAUGGUUCGCCCUUGCUCGUCAGGACGGGCUCCUUGCGACGUCAUCAGGACACACGGACGCAUGUCGUCGGGGAGCUCUACGACACGGAGAAGUCGUACGUGGAGAGCCUUCAGAUUCUGGUCAAUAAGUACAUGCGUCCUCUGAAGAGCCCGGACACCGCGGGCACGGUGGACAGCAGCUUGGUGGACGAGAUCUUCUACAUGAUCCCCGAGAUCCUGAGCCACCACGAAGCAUUCCUCGAGGUGCUCCGACAGAGGCUCUCCUGCUGGGACACCCGCCAGAAAGUGGGCGACGUAUUCGUCGAAGCGUUCACUAAACAGCCUGUGAUAGACACCUACACUGCAUUUAUCAACAAUUGGAAGUCAGCCAAGGAGGCCAUCAAGAUGGCAACUCAAGCAAAGCCUGCCUUUGCCAAGUUUCUUGAGAACACAUCAAGGGAGCACAAAGGCAAAUUAGCCCUGGAUGCCCUUCUUAUCAUGCCAGUGCAGAGGAUACCUCGUUAUGAACUUCUUAUUAAGGAGCUGAUAAAGCACACGCAGCAUGACCACCCUGACCACCAGCUGCUGGUACUGGCGCAGAAAGAAGUGCAUGAACUGGCUCUCAAGAUCAACCGCAUGGAGCGAGAGGCUUUUCAGCAUGAACAGAUGCAGCAGAGGGUCCGUGAUAUUGAGCAGCUCAUCGAGGGUGUCAUAGAUCUCGUCCAGCCAGAUCGGACAUUUAUUCGUUACGACUUUGUGACAAUACCUGGUGGCCUCGGCACAAAAAAAGACAGAUGCCUUUUCUUGUUUUCCGACCUUUUGCUGAUCACAAGCAUCAAAAGAAAGAGUGGGACAAUGCGAAAAACAUCACCUUCUUCGAGUUCUCCAGCUGGUUUUGGAUUCUCUGUGUUUGAUAUGAACAAGUACAAACUGCUACUUAGGUUUUCCCUUGACAACCUGGACAUCUUGAAAUCUGCUGAUGUGGGACUUAAGAAGGCCAUACGAGAAGCGGAAAAUUUGGAAGAAGACAUGUCUGUUAUGACACAGAUAUCCGAGCUUGCCUCUCGACUGAACUGCCCUCAUCAGGCCCUGGAUGAUGCAGUGAAAGAAAUUACAAAUUGCCUGAACAAGCAGCUCGCUGAGCGUCAAAGCUAUGACUUGCAACUUUUGAACCUGCAGCUCUCAGUAACCACUCCAGAGGGUGUUGAGAACAUAGCCAUUAUAUUCCCUUCCACCGAGAAACGGUCUUCAUGGGAGGUUGCCUUCAAUGAAGCCAAGCAGAAACUUGCGCUGUCCACAGACCGGCGGCCACCCCCAGAGUUCCUGCACCCUGUGCCAAUCCGCAAGACUCGGGCGGGACUGCAGUUUACGUGCGCAGUGGCCACCCUGGGCCUCAAUGCCCAUGGCCUGCGAGACGUCUGGGUCUGCAACAGCGAUGGCUACGUGGGCCAAGUGUGUGUGCUCAGUCUCCAGCCGGAGCCCACGGUCAUGUCCUGCAAUGGUGUCUGCAAUGCCCGCAUCCUCUGCAUCGCUUCCAUCCCGGCGGCCAGCCCAGUGCUGUCAUCAAUGGGACGCAGGAAGUCACUUGUACCUGAAUCAAAUGCGCUUGCCAGCGUAGACGCAGAGAGCAAAGAGCAGGAGCCCACAGCAGCCCAGCUAAACAACAAUGGCAAUAUCCAACUUGACAGUGAAUCUAGUGAAGAUGAAGAGGAGGAAGAGGAGGCGAACAGCGAAUCUCAAGACAAGAAACAUCAAACAAAGCCACAGGAAAACUCUAAAGUGCCAAAGGAAGAAGUUGAAGAAACUGACAAUCACUUUCCUACCAUGUGGUUAGGAACUGAAGAUGGCUGCAUCCACGUCUAUAAUUGCAAUGAUAAUAUCAGGAUAAAGAAAAACAAAAUGAAGGUGCAGCACUCGGCAGCAGUUCAUUGCAUCAUAUACCUUGACAACCGUGUAUUUGUGUCAUUGUCAAGUGGAGAAAUUGCAAUCUACAGAAGAGAGUCUGGAGGUGGGUGGAACACAAGUGAUCCGCAGAAAGUUCAAGUGGGCAGCAGUGUAGCUCCAGUGCUGCGCAUGCUGGCCGUUGCUGGGAAGUUAUGGUGUGGCUGCCAAAACUACAUCAAGGUUCUCAGCACUGCAUCCUUAGAAGUAGAGCAUUCUUUCCAAGUAAGCAGCGACUCAUCGCGAGCUGUGCUGUGCAUGGUGACGUCCGGCCUUGGUGUCUGGCUGGCCAUUCAGCACAGUGCAGUCAUCCGGCUAUUUCACGCCACCACUUAUGAGUGCCUGCAGGAUGUAAACAUUGCACCUGCUGUUACCAAAAUGCUUUCAGCAUGUGAUGACAUAAUCCGACAGCACAAAGCGGCGUGCCUCCGGGUCACUGCCCUGCUGGCCUGCAAGGACCUGCUCUGGGUUGGCACCAGUGCGGGUGUCCUGCUCACCCUCCCCCUCCCCCACCUCACCUCGAGCACCAGUCGUUUGGGCAGCCCGCCCAACAUUGUCGGCGUGCCUCAUGGCCACACGGGCCACGUACGGUUCCUGACGGCCGUGGAGACGACGGAGCCCGCGGGGAGCCGGCACCACCACCAUCGGUCAUUGCGGUGCUCGCGUGACAGUGGCGCCACAUCAGCCUCGGGGACUGCCUCGAUGGCUGGCCGGAGGGCAUCGCUCACGCCGGCCGCGGGCUGCCGCCUGCUGGUCAUCAGUGGUGGCGAUGGCUACGAGGACUUCCGCAGCGCCGGACUGAGCGAGGCCGCCGGCCGAGACGACAGCACCAACCACCUCUUGCUGUGGCAAGUGUGAUGACGACGAGGUCUCGCGGAUCGCGCCUAUGGGAACUCAACAUGACGCAGGGCCGCAGGAAAUGGUCACUGGGAGCACCGCAGCUGACUCAUUUGUUUACUUGGAGGGUGCGUGGUUUAAAAUAGGCAAAUUUCACCACAACCUCUAGCUUUUUGAGAGAUUGUCAUUGUAUUUUCUCAAUUGAAGUCUGAAUGAUCGCUCCUAUGUGCCUCAGUACCUGUCCUUGAUGGGUCAGAAUGUAGCGUUGUACUAUAGUUGUUUUGAAGGUCCUGAGAGACAAUGGCGAUUAGUAAGGACAAUAGUAAAGGCAGCACUCCACAGUCUUCAGUUUGCAGUCACUAUGUGAAAUAAACUUGUUUUCGGCGUUUCAUGACGAAAAGUACAACUGAGACUGGGAUGAAAGAACCGAGUGCGCAAUAUAUUACAGCUUGUGCUCUUCUAUCUAGAGACCACUGAUCCCUCUUUCAACGUUGUUGCAUGAUUUUUUACCUUUCAAGCUGCUCACGACCUCAUCUCAUGUCUCCACCACAGUUUGUGUAUUUGACGGUGAAAACGUGACCUUUAAAGUAGAGCUGUGCGAAUAGCAAAAUUUUGGGUGCGAAGCGAAUUCGAAUAUUGAAGUGUGAGUGCGAAUCGAAUCGAAUAUUUUUCGAAUAUUUCUCGAAUAUUUCUAGAAUAUUUUUCGAAUACUAUGAAGCGAAAUUGCAGAAAAAAUAUUUGGAGAGGAUUCCUAAGCAUAUUCUUAUGAGAUAGCAACAUGAAAGUGUUUCUUUUCGCUAGGUUGAAGCACAAUGUAGAAGCCGAAUGGUAUUUAUGUACAUGAUUUGGUGCAACCAAAGUGUUGCCGACAACACUUUACACGCGAUAGACAAAGAUGCCAUUUCCUCCGCCUCUCCUCUUUCAACUUCUGUGGAAGCCCAAUUGAUGUGGCGGACAUGGGUGUGCUCCCUUCAAGUCCGGAGUUCUAAAUCUGCCUUGCAGACAUCGACAUAUAAUAACAUCUGAAAUUUUGGAUGCUAAAAAGCUUCGGCAUCCGAUUUUUCAGACUUCCUGUCCAAAUUUCAGUUCCAAAACAGCAUUAACUGAGCCCCCACCUCUGCCACAUCUUUCAUCUCCAUGUUGGAGCGAGCAUUUUCUUGAGUUAAUACAUUUGCGACGGUAGCGGAGCUUGAAAGGCAGCUUUGCCGCAAUACAGAGGUGUAAUGAGGUGAAGCGUAUUGAAAAUCUAGGGACCACUUCCAAUCGGACGUUGAUUGUGUCUUGGCCAAGUUCGACCGUAACGGAGCUUGAAAGGCAGCUUUGCCGCAAUGCGGGGGUGUGAUGAGGUGAAGCAUAUUGAAAAUCUAGAGACCACUUCUAAUCGGACAUUGUCUCUUGGCUAUGUUCGACCGUAACGGAGCUUGAAAGGCAGCUUUGCCGCAAUACGAGAGUGUAAUGAGGUGAAGCAUAUUGAAAAAUCUGAAGGGGGCACUUUCAGUCGGACGUUGACUGUAUUUGUUUUUGGGAGGUUCGAAUAGUUCGAAUAGUAAAAUUCCAGUGCGAAUCGAAUCGAAUAGCAAACACUAUUCGAAAAAUAUUCGAAAUUUUGAAUAUUCGCACACCCCUACUUUAAAGAUAUAUUGGCAAUAGAUAGCGAGACAAGAAAGUAGGGUAGUUGUGCAGUUUGGUUGAAAACAGACAAAGCAUAUAUUAUCUUUCACUGCAGCCUAGAUGCCAUUAGUUUAAAGUUUCUUCACAGCUAUAACCUGCACCGAAAGUUUUCAGGCCAAUGAAGGAAUGCAAACUAUGCACGGGAUUAGUUUCUAGCUCUGGCUUCACUGAAGCAUGAUUCGUGCUGGUGUGAAGGCAAAUCUGGAAGUGAAAUUGUCAUUGUGAACUUGCACAACGCUUGAACAGAGAGCAGCUGUGAAUGCAGUGAUGACUGUCAUGUACAAAACAAGAACCUUUCCGCAGCUUUGCUUUGUGAUGACACUUGUGUUUCCUUUAAAGUAUGAAUAUUUUUGUAUUCGGUUAUCUGUGCAGUUUUGAUCCCCUUUUCUGAGGGUUGUAACUGGGUGUGUGGUUAUAUGCCAUAGCAGCUGGUUAUACGUGAUUGUCUGAAAACAAAAUUUGGGCUAGUAGAAGUGAUUGAAACUCAGUUGUACUUUUGCGUCUAAAUCAAUGUGCUUGAGGGUAGCUUUAACAAAUGCUACAUGGCAGCUACCUGCUUGAAGGCAGCGCAGAGAGCUGCAAGAAAAGGAAGAAAGAAAGGAAGAACAUGUGAAUGUUUGUUCCAAAGUGUAUUUUUGAAGAUAAACACCUAAGUACAUAGUCCUCAAAACAUGAUUACAAGUUGCUGCUUAGAUGGAUAUCAACACGUUAAUGUUGAUACUGUGUGACAUUAUGCGCAACAUAUUUGCUGCGGUACACUGAAUCGGCUGUGGUGCUCCGAGAGCCUUAUCCAGUGACCCUGACAUUGCCUAGUACAUGCUGCCACCACGAACAGGGGGGAGCAUUAGGCCUUGUGAAGAGACCGGGAGCGCGCGCGGUACCUCCUCCACUGCAGUGGUAUACUGGCGCUGGUGAAGCUCGGUGACUGUGCGACUGUGCCCAGUGACGGGAAAGUCUUUUACGACUAAAACUCUGUGGUGGCUGCCCCAGAGACCUCUUCAGAAACCUCCCACACCUGACUGUGUCCCUCCCCUGUAUGUUCGAUGACUUAACGUUUAUCCCACUUUUUUUUGUGUGUGUGUGUGUCUUCUCUGGGCUCUGAUUCAGCUCGGAGAGACGUGGUGUGUGGCCGGUGCUGUGCACCUAGAGACUCAGCAUACUGCCGCAAGUGCCAAAGACAUUGAAAUGUGGUUGUGUGUGUCACCGAGGCUGCUUGCGAUGGCCGGCGUGGCAUCUUCGACCGUGCAGGCCAAGUGCAAUGCACAAGUCUGUCGGUUUUUCGCCGAAAAGCGGUAGUCGAAGCAGCGUACCUCUGUGAGGGGUGCCGUCAUUAAUAUUUUAGAAAAAUCGGGCUAUUCCUGGGCAACGGCAAUUAGGUGGAGAUGCCCACUCAGUUUCUUUGCACGCAGCAGCUGCUCUUAGAUUGUCCUCAUUUUGUCCCGACUGUCCUGCUCCAUCUCAAUUUUUGUGGACAUCAUGUCUGUGCAUGGUGAUACAAGUUGUAUCAUGUUUCCUCUGUAAACGGGAUGGAGUUUGCUUUGUGGAGUUAUCUUUCAGCAAUGGCUGGCUUAGAUCAUAGAAUUUUAAAUCUUCAAUUAGACCACUCGGAAGACCACGUUUCUGGCCACCUUCAAUUCCUGCAGAUCUCCCCUGAAGAACGGACAACGAUACUGUGUAGCAUAGCACUUACUUUUUCUAUGUGUAGCAUUGUUGGGAUUAAUUAUACAAUGGCGCUUCAUCCAGUUCUUUACAUGUCAGCACAGUGCACUUUGUGUGGCUUUGUUCCGUGUCUUAGGCCCGGUGAUGCUUGUAAUAACAUUGGUAAAGAAGCCUGUGCAGUACUUUCAGUGUGAGCUUAUGUAAUUUGGCUGCUGCGAGAACAUUUCUUCUUUAGUGAAACUUUGAUAUCUCUCAAGGCAGCUGGUAUACUCACAAAGAGCGAUGCUGUAGCACAUCUGUGCCUGAAUGUUCCAUUAGUAGGGGCAAUGAUGGAGGCAACAAAAUUGUAAUAUUAAGUCGCGUGAAGAGUCGUAUAUACAUAUGUACACAUAUAAAUUAGAUAAACCUUAGGCCUUCUGUAUCAAUAAGUGGAAGCUUGUAUCUAAUCUUUUACUCACGGCUGUCUUCCGACUUGCCCAAGGCUUAGCUAGGGCAUGUAAGCAGUUGUGCUCGAAUCCAUAACACUAUAGGGGCUUGAAGCUCUUUAGCCUUUUGCUAGAUAACAGCUGAUGGCUGAAACGCAUUUAUAUUGUUGAGCAUGGUGGUCUGGAACGUUUCCCUACACAUGGAAUUUUUUGUCACAAAAUGGGGCACUUAUAUAAUUUAUUGAUGAAGUAAAAAAAAUGGGGCGGACUGCUUAAAUUUCUGACCUAAAAGCGCUGCCUUCAUGUCGGUUCUGUUCACACACUCAUGCUAAUAUUAGCGGCUGAUAUCCCUGAUGAGGGGUUCUUAAACUUGUGUUGUUUGCUGUUUGUUUGUAAGCAGCAUUGUUUGAUCGAUAACACUUCUGUAACAGCAGGCUAUAAUUUUUAGUGACAAAACGUAAUGCACAUGUUGUUUCAUAUAGCACAUGAGGAAUGCACCUCUGAAAAUUGUAUUGUCUAACAUCUAUACUUGCAAAAAAAAGGCUUGGCGAAAUUAACUGACCGACACAAGGAACCACAAAGGCUUCACUUUGUAAUGAAGGUUGAGUGGCCCUAAAGUUAGGCUAAUUUUGGUUGCAGUUCUAUGACGGUCAAAAUGGGCUUGUGGUGAUGGUUGGCAUGAUAGGUUCACUUAGUGGUGAUGAAAUUAUCACAAUGAAAAGAUUAAGAGAGAUAACAAGACCUCUCUGAGGCAUUCGAUUAAAAUAUUUCUUCCAUUUUCGAAGAGGCAGUCUGCCACAGCCGUGUUUGGCACGUUUUGACUGUCUGAACUGAAACAUUAGUCUCAACUGUUAACAGUUCGGUCUUGUUGGUUUCCAGGCUUCUUAAGUUAUUGCAAACAGAAAUAUGCCACUUGUUGCUACUUAAACAUGUAGGUUGAAAAUUUCCUCCCAUUGUGUGCACCAUGGAUGUGAUGUGCAAAAACACGUCCUCUGCAAUCAGCUGUAUUCAAACAAGCGGUCCAGAUCAGCCUUAGAUGGGUGGGUGGGGUGAGGGUAGUCAGUUGAUUCAACGACAACGAAAGCACAAAUGCAGGGCGGCCUACACUGUCCCACGAAGCACUUUCCAGGCAGCACUUGCAAAGUUGAUCAUUGUCAUCACACCGCAAUGACAAGAACGUCAUCUCACUCAUUACGCACGCAUUUAUGUAACACACUAUGUUCAGUUGCGCACCUCCCCAGCCACAUGCGAGAGAUGUUUGUUUAUGAUCAGUCUGCUGGCAGGCAGAUGCUGGCCUGCAGCGUGUAUACAGUUUUAUUCUUUCUCCUUGUUGCUGUUUGUUCUGUGAGGACCUGUUGUCAUAUAAUUGCUGGUUGCUUGAACUACCUUGUAAAAAUAUGUGUAACUAUGGAAUGUGUACUCUUGUUUUGCACUGACGGUGAGAAAACCAUUGCAGCACCACUGCAUGUCGUGCUAUAAAAGCGUCGUAUUUUUCUGUUUGUAUCUUCACUGCUUUACUCAUCUCUGUGUAAACAUUGCACUAAACAGAAGUGAAUGAAAACAAGUGACAAAAUGAGUA